GGGGGAGGCGGAAGCGUUGCGUUAGCUUGUCACUGGAGUUUCCUCCCAACAUGUCCGAAGAAGCCGCUUCUCACUCGGACCCGUGUUGUUGAGCAGCCUCACGAUGAGCGGCCCCUGCCGGGAGGUCGUCACUCUUCAGCUCGGACACUAUUCUAACUUCGUGGGGACCCACUGGUGGAAUUUACAGGAUGCCUCUUUAUCGUACGACCCGGAGGAGCAGCUGGGAGAGAUCCAGAGCGAUGUGGUGUUUCGUGAAGGACAGACCCGGGGGGGACACGUCACCUACACUCCUCGCCUCAUCGCCAUGGACCUCAAAGGAAGUCUCCGGACGCUGCGGCAGGAGGGAAAUCUGUACGAUGCAGGAAAAGACCCGACCUCUGUCACAUGGGAUGGAAGUGUCCUGAUGCAUAAAGAAAGUCCCCCAUCAAAGAACCCUUUUCUUGAAGAUCUGGAUAAAUUCGAUGGAGAGAUACUCGCCAAGGGUUUCCCAGCAGCUGGUUCCCUGAGAGUGGACACGGUGAACAGUCGACUGGCCCAAGUCCAAAAGGCCUACAGGCUGGAGGGCAACGUGAAGGUGUGGUCCGACUUCCUCCGGAUCCACCUGCACCCUCAAAGCAUCUCAGUCAUCCAUCAGUACAACCACGACGGCGAGGCCCAUCGGCUGGAGGCCUUCGGUCAGGGAGAAGCUCUCCUGCAGGGGCCGGUGCUCGAGGAGCUGGAGGACAAACUGCACUUCUUUACAGAAGAGUGUAAUUACCUCCAGGGUUUCCAGGUGUUUUGUGACAUUGCUGAUGGGUUUGCAGGGCUGGGGUCAAAGGUCACAGAGAUGCUGCAGGACUCUUACAGCGGGAAAGGCAUCCUGACCUGGGGCCUAGCACCCGUCAGUCACCGGGACUCAAGUCCAGUGAAGAACCUCUACCACAUGUUGAACUGCACGUUAGCGACGGCUGAACUGGCCAAUCACAGCUCUUUCUUCUGCCCGUUGACUCUCCGUGGUGGAUUGGGCCGACGCCCCUCCUCUCCCCCAAACUUCCCUCACCUCAACUUCGAUCCGUCACUGUGGUUCCACUCCAGCGCCGUCUUGGCUCUGGCCCUGGACGCCCUCACUGUCCCUUACAGGCUGAGGAACAACAGCGUCCCCAUGUGGCAGAUGGCAGACUCGCUAGCCGUAUCGGGGAGAAAGGUGGUGGCUGCUUACGGCGCCGUCCCCUUUCCCAUGAUGCACGGCAGCUCUCUGCCUGACGCCCUGAGCGCCUGUUCGGACGCUCUGCCCUGGAAGCCUCUGUCAUCGUGUCCGGAACCAGGCGACAGUCAGUGCUACAGCCAGUGGGCGACGCUCAGAGGCUUUGAGGACCAGAGACUGAUCAGCUCUCUGGCUCCAGGGACAGAACCUGCCUCACCCCUCCACAGCCUCCACAGCGGAGAAGACGUCCUGUCGUCUUACAUCGGAUCGUUCUAUCCUUCAGCUUCUCUCGCUCUGCAACUGGUGUCGACUCCCAGUAAGUUGACGCCACCGUUCCCUCAGAUUUUCGGCCAGUCCCUGAAUCCUCAAGGCUUCCUGCAGAGCCAGGCCCCCCCCUCCGGCUCGCCAGCCCCGUUGGUGAAGUCCGUCCCGGUCAUGACGUCCCUUCAGUCCGGGCCUGCACUCGGCACUUGGCUGUCGGAGCUGCAUCGGGCUGCCGGUGCUUUCGACAUCCGCCGCGUGGCCCCCAGCUUCCUCUCCCAGGGCCCCGAGAUGGCCGAUUACGAGGAGGCCAUGGAGCAGCUGGGUCUGAUGGCCCGAUGUUACAGAGACAGCAGCGGCGGGACGAAUCGCUCGUCUUCCUCUGAUGACGACUGAUGUGGAACAGAUGUUUACAGCCUGCAUGUUCUCCCUCAGACAUGAGGAGCUUUGCUGGUUAAAGGACCAGGACUGAAUCACAUGGUCACUAAAAGACAUGAACGUUUGAAUAGUUCAGAUUUAACUGCAGCUUAAAUUACAGAGUUUGACUUCCAAAAAAAAGGUACAUGUGUAGGAUUGAUCAGGAGGUCAAUGGAUGUAGCAUCAUGAGUGUUAGCACUGCUCUUACUUCAAUGCCUGUGUAAUUAAAUGCAUUUUUUACUAAAUGUACAACAUACUGUAUAAACAUGAACCUCUCACCGCACAGUCCAGAGUGACCUGGAGCUACAACACACAAAGUAUUGAAUGUGAAUUCAUGUAGUUGGUUUAGUUAAUGAUUAACUGACACUUAGUCUCAUCUGAUUUACCAUUUCACACUUCAGUUUAGAAAUGGUUUGAUUUAGUAAAGAUAACAUCACAAAUCCCAUUAAAAAGAACAAUGGCAGCAGGAGGGUGUUUAUGGACUGGAGGGAAAUAAACUGUUCCUGUCUUAUGACUA